AUGGCGGAUGGACAAUUCAAAGCGUAUGUUGGAAAUCUUCCCUACGAUGCAAUCGCAUCAGAUGUCGAAACAAUUCUCGCGCAUUGCGAUUUUGAUGAAGAAACGGUAAAUCCGCCCAAAUUUUAAUUUUCUCCCCCAGAAAACCCUUUUUUUGCAGAUUCGCAAAUUCGACAUUCAUCUAGUGCAUGACAGAGAAGACGGGCGGUUCAAAGGUUUCGGCUACGUCACAUUUUUAGACGAGGAUCAACUCAAUAAAGCGCUUCAAACUCUCAACGGCACCGAUUUCGAUGGUCGUACGCUUAAAGUGAAUCGCGCCACACAGCGAGAUCGCGGAAAUCGAAAUGGUGGAAAUGGAGGUGGCCGUAGUGGUGGUGGUCAGCACGGUGGAGAAAGAAGAGGGGGAGAUGGGCGUGGAGGAAGAGGCGGCGGAGGUUUCCGGGGUGGAAAUCGAGAUGGCGGACAUCGGGAUGGUGGAAGAAAUCGACAUAAUCGAAAAUCUCAAUCUGACGAACAUGAGGGAGAACGUAGGAAAUCUGAAAAUGGAGAUGGUAUGCGAAAUUCACGAUUUUUAGCUGAAAAUUUCAGAUUUUUGCUGUAAAACAGAUUUUUGCUGAAAUUCACGAUUUUUGAUAGGAAAAUAGAUUUUUCAUAUAAAAACUUGAGAAAUUCCCAAUUUCUAGCUGAAAAUUUCGCUGUAAAAGCUGAAAUUUUCACAUUUUUCAUCAUAUUUAGGCUAAAAAUCCUCAAAUUCACGAUUUUUGAUGGGAAAAUUAGAGGAUUUUGAAUAAAAACUUGAGAAAUUCACGAUUUCCAGCUAAAAGUACCAGGUUUUUGCUGAAAAAGCUGAAAUUUUCACAUUUUUCAUCAAAUUCACGAUUUUUGAUGGGAAAAUUUGAGGAUUUCAAACUUAAAACCUGAAAAUCAUGAACAUUUCGGUCUUGGAGCUAGAAAUAGUGAAUUUUUCAAGUUUUUAUUCUGAAAAUCAUCAAAUUCACGAUUUUUGAUGGGAAAAUUUGAGGAUUUUGAAUUUAAAACCUGAAGAUUAUGAAAAUCUUAGAUUUUCGAUGAAAAUUUCGGUUUUAGAGCUAGAAAUAGUGAAUUUUUCCAAGUUUUUAGCAGAAAAACAAUGAAAAAAUUGAUUUUUUGAGUGAAAUUUUGAAAUUUCCAGGUUUUUUCCAGCUUAGAAAUGAUCCAAGGUGGAUUUUCAGAAUUUUUAUGAGAAUUUUGAGCUCAGAACUCAAAAGAAAUAGUGAUUUCGCUUGAAAAACAACAUGAAGAUCAUAAAAAUCCCAAAAAUUCGAAAUUUUCACUGAAAAAUCAAUAUUUCUAGCUCCAACACCGUAAUUUUCAGGUUUUCAACUCAAAAUUCUGUAAUUCUCAUAAAAAUUCUGAAAAUCCAUCAUUUCUAGCCUCAAAAACUCCCAAAAAUCAUUGUUUUUGAGGUGAAUUCAUUAUUUCUAGCUCUAUUUUAAGCUAAAAAUCGAUUUUCCCACUAUGACGUGGCAAAUUCUCCAACAAAAAUAUCGAUUUUCAGCCGCUCCACCAUCGGGCCCACCAGCCGAACGCCCACGCUUGAAUCUCGCUCCACGGACCACCGAUCCGGCCGAAUUGGCGGCCCGCAAAGCCCAGGAAGAAAAAGAGGCCGCUGAUCGUUUGGCCAAAAUUUUCGGCUAA